GUGCCUCAGCUAGGCCACAUCAGCGCAAAUCUGUGGGCGCCUAGUAAUUGCCUGAGAAAAUUUCUCGUCUGACCCUGGUUACAUCCUCCCUUUGAUAGGGCAAGACUCUAUAAAGGACAUUGUGAUCCAAACGAAGGAGAUAGAAGGUCUGUACUUUCCACAUAGCAGCUAACCAAGUCGCCUAUAGCAGAAUAUCUACAGGCAUAUUGUGGGACAACCCAGGCGUCCCUGGAGCCAGCGAGGACCCGGCCUCUGGUCUGGGGGCGGGGCUUGAGCCAGUCUCUGCAGCUACCGGUCCUUUAGAGGCUCCGAAACUUUCUGGCGGUCCAUCACAGCGCCCUGGCACCCUCCAGUCUCCACCAUGCCUGGUCCGACCCCCAGUGGCACUAACGUGGGUUCUUCAGGGCGCUCUCCCAGCAAAGCAGUGGCCGCCCGGGCGGCAGGAUCCACUGUCCGGCAAAGAAAAAAUGCCAGCUGCGGAACAAGGAGCGCAGGCCGCACGACCUCAGCAGGCACCGGGGGCAUGUGGCGAUUCUACACAGAAGAUUCACCUGGGCUCAAAGUUGGCCCCGUUCCAGUAUUGGUUAUGAGUCUUCUGUUCAUCGCUUCUGUAUUUAUGUUGCACAUUUGGGGCAAGUACACUCGUUCAUAGAUUCAGUUACAUCCAUCUGUCAUUUGAAGAAGAAGGAAAAAACCCAACAUAUCUUGGACCAAAAGUAUAGUGAUUUUCUGUUCAUGAGAAGGAAAUUUUCUGUAAGCUUACUGUUUACAGGAGACAUAAGAAGAACUGAUUUUGAGGAAUUGGUUUUUUUCUAUGGCUAAUAAACUUUUUAAUUCAUUUAUA